GGAGUAGUAGGAAGUGAUCGAUAAUUAAGGAUGGCGUACAGAAGGAGGCAAGGGACGAGCAAGUCGUCAACGUUCAAGGAGGAGAGCAUUUUCCGUCCGCGUCCCGAUGAUGAUGAUUACUUAUCUUCUUCUUCUUCUUCUCUUGCCGCUCAGGCUAUUAAAGCCUCUGCCGCUCAUCGGGACUCUUCUCUCUCCUCCGCUUAUGCCGAUUCCGCUUUUCCCCAUCCUCAUCCUUCUCAGGCUGCUGCUUCCUAUGAAUAUACAUCACUGUCAAGUUCCAAUGAAGCCGGUGGUUUUUGGGAUGUUCUGUCUAGAAAAGCUAAAGCAAUUCUUGACGAUGACAAUAUUUCCCAGCAAUUCGAAGCUCCAGCCAGCAGCAUCCUUAAAGAAACCCAGCAUAAGCUCAAGCAGGAAUAUAACUACAACUAUUCUCUCAUUUUAUCCCCAUUUUCAAUACCUUCUUUCUUCUUAUUAUCGGCAAUAUCAGAACCCAAAUUUUCCAGAAAAGUGGACAAUCCUAAACUGCGUAAGGGCCUGGAUGCACUCACAUCGUCUUUGAACCACAUUGGUGAUACCAUCGGGAAUGCAUUGGAGGAGGGACGUACAAUUGUUGAGAACAAGACUACUGACAUUAUUCAAGAGACACGCAAACUGCAGAUCAGGAGAAAAGGUACCAACUUUGAGGAACAAAAUCAUGUUUCUAGCCUACAUAGCGCAUGGCAGCAAUCCUCAAGGCAAACGACUCAGCCACAUACACAAACCAAUCAUGAAGAUCAACUAAAGGCUUCUCGUGAUGUGGCAAUGGCAAAUGCUGCCAAAGCCAAGCUUCUUUUACGAGAGUUGAAAACUGUUAAAGCAUAUCUUGCUUUCGCAAAACUAAGGUGUUCUCAGCUGGGAGAAGAAAAUAAAGUCCUUCGAGAGUCUUGUGAAAAGGGAGACAAUCCUGCAGUUGAUGACAUGAUACGCCUUCAACUUGAGACACUAUUAGCAGAGAAGGCUCGUCUAGCACAUGAGAAUUCCGUGUAUGCUCGUGAGAAUCGCUUCUUAAGAGAGAUUGUGGAGUACCACCAAUUAACCAUGCAAGAUAUUGUGUAUCUGGAUGAGGGCAUAGAAGAAGUAACAGAAGUGUAUCCUAUACCUGCCGUCUCAAAGAUGCUUUCAAAUUCCCUUCCAGCACCUGCAUCCCCAUGUACCCCCUCGGAAGUACCCUUAUCAUGCAGCUCCUCAGUGACAGCUCUUGCUUCCAUUGCACCCCAAGUGGCAGUAGAUCAUGAAGCUCCACCAAGUUCCAAUAUUCCAACUUCCACGGGGGAAGAUUUGAGAAGUCAAUGAUUGCUGCUGGAGAGCCAGUCCUCACUUUCUUUCAAGUUUUAAUAUUAGUGUAGUGCCAUACCACUUUUUCUUCAUUUUUUUAUGAAGUUGGGAAUUGAAGUCCAAAAAGUCUUUUGUUUCUUUUUUCCUUUUUUGUUUCUUCUUGAUUGUUUAA